CAGUUUUUUUAAAACUUUUAGUUUUUUUUUUCUAAUAAUAAUGUGAAUAUUUGUAUUUCCUGUAUCACCCGUUUGUUUCUAUUUUAGAAUAAAAUAGAAGACGUAUGGUUGCCUAAUUAAUGUAUAUAAUUUGUUUAUAGGUUUUUUUUAUCCAAAUAAAAAUUAUAAUGAAAAAUUUCAAAAAUAAUAUUUGUUUCAAGAGUUUAACUCAUUCAUACAUGAUUUCAAAUAAAAAAAAAAUUUAACUCAUGGUUUGUGACAUGAAUUUGUGACAUAAAUUGAGUAGCAAUUCUACUUAAAUUAUUUGUUAUCUAAACCUUUUGUGCAUGAAGUUUCUUUUUUGAUAAAAAUAAAUUAAGUAUUGAUGAUGGAGAAGUCUUUCAUUGGAGCAAGUUAUAUAUAGUUUUAUUUUAUGUUAGUAGUAUAUUAGUAUAUAUCAAUCUAAAGUGGUUCAGCUGCCUCUAAAGUUGUUUUAGCUGCUUCUAAAGUGGCAAGCAGCGUGCCUAUGCCUGACAUUACUAAAAAGGAGACAGGUUUCUCAGAGGCUAAAGCAUUCAAGCAUGUUAAGGCCUUAUCUCAGAUACCCUCUCCUCCUUUUUCUUCUGACCAGAGUCCUCUCAUUCAGGUACCUUGGGGAGUAAAACAAAAAAUAAGGCUAAUGUAUCAUAAGAUAUGUCUUUGUUUUGGAAUUGGCAUUGAAUUUGAAAUAAUGAGUGUGGCCACUAAUAAAGCUUCUUUCAGGGUGAUAAAGUUACAGGGACAAGUGGUCAUUUUGAGAAAAUGCUUUCAUCUGUUGCACCUGAUAAGCAUACUUGUACAUCGGGCAACUCAAAGAACUGGAUGGUGUUGUCAAUUUCAGGGGAUAAGCCUACUCCUAGAUCCUAUGUGCCUUUGGAGGGUUUUAGCGCUCUUCAAGGAAUUUCAGGUGCCCAGAGGUUUCAGAUACAUAAGGCAUAUGAGAGUUUUGAUCACUUAUCUUCAAUAUGGUCAUUUGAUACAUAUACAGAGUGUUGGUCACCCAUGGAAACAAAGGUAGAAAGUUGAUCUUGGAGAUUUUCCAUAUUAGGAAUCCAAAUAUUAGGGCAUAUGCUACUGAAUUGGCAUUCUUUCUUAUAUGUAAUUAUAAAACCUAAUUCAAUUAUAAAGUAAGUCUCAUACACAUUAGGUUCAAUUAUAUUUGCAUUGUUAUUGCCAUUCAGGAACAAAAAG